CUUUCCUCAAAUAUGGCGGAAGUUUGAAGAGGUUUGCACAAUUUAUGCCUCUGGCCCUUUAAUAAGUUCUACUUCUAACUUCUACUUCUAGUUCUAACGGCUACGUACCCGGAAGUAACGAGGUCGCGCGCUGCAACGCGGAAAAAAAGUGCGGAUGAUUCGUUAUCUGUGUUGAAAUAAGGUUGCAAUAAAAGCGCGGAGGUUGUGAAGUCUUCUCACACACACACACACACACACACACACACCUAUCUGCGUGCGCGCGCAAACACAAGGGGCCGUCCUGGAGCGCUUGCCGGUUAUUGGCUAUCGGUGAACUUUGCGACGAGAUGUCGCGUGAGCAACGGAACUGCAGCGCUCGUGCCUUCACCAUUCAUCGGCUGGACUGAGGAGAUCACCGGAAUCGCUUUCCGUUAUUUUCUUUUGGGAGGACACUAAACCGGAGGACAUGACCGAGAAGCGGGUCUCGCGCUGGUACUUCGGCGGAAUCGCCUCGUGCGGAGCGGCGUGUUGCACGCACCCGCUGGACCUGGUCAAGGUGCACCUGCAGACGCAGCAGGAGGUGAAGAUGAGGAUGAUGGGGAUGGCGAUGCACGUGGUGAAGCACGAUGGCGUUCUGGCGCUCUACAAUGGCCUCAGUGCCUCCCUCUGCAGACAGAUGUCUUACUCCCUGACCAGGUUUGCUAUCUAUGAGACAGUGAGGGACAUGAUGGGCAGUCAGGGGCCGAUGCCCUUCUACCAGAAAGUCCUGCUGGGGGCAUUCGGAGGAUUUACAGGAGGUUUCAUUGGAACACCAGCAGACAUGGUUAAUGUCAGGAUGCAGAACGACAUGAAGCUUCCGCCCGAGCUCAGGAGAAACUAUAAGCACGCACUGGAUGGGCUGUACAGGGUGUGGUGUGAGGAGGGAACGAGGAAGCUGUUCUCGGGAGCCACCAUGGCGAGCAGCAGAGGCGCGCUGGUGACUGUAGGACAGUUAGCGUGUUACGAUCAGGCGAAGCAGCUCGUGUUGGCGACGGGUUUCCUGGGAGACAACGUUCUCACGCAUUUCCUGUCCAGCUUCAUCGCUUUUUUUGACCAGUGUAGUCCAAUCCAGUUCACACCCCGUUAUCUAAUCCCGCUGAUUCCCCCUUAUUACGUGGUAGCUGCUAGUCUGGAGGGUGAAGUACGCCAGGGAGGAUGCGCUACAUUCCUCUGCCAGCCACUGGAUGUGUUGAAGACACGAUUGAUGAACUCUAAAGGAGAGUACAGGGGAGUGAUGCAUUGCCUGACUGAGACUGCCAAACUGGGUCCACUUGCCUUCUACAAGGGUUUAGUUCCAGCGGGGAUCCGAUUGGUUCCUCACACGGUUCUGACCUUCUUGUUUCUGGAGCAGCUGAGGAACUACUUCGGCAUCAGGGUGGUCAGCUGAGCCCGAGCCUUGACCUUUGACCCUUCGACCAAUCCCACUGCCGUGGUGGUGACGACCCUGGACGGAACUGGAACUGGGACCUGUCAUCUCUCUCUCUCUCACUUACACACACACACACACACACACACACACACACACAAACACACACACACAGACACCUUAAAUAAAGGGGCAUUAUGUAUAUGCACAAAAAUAUGUGCACACACUGCAACAAACAAAUACACACUCUUGUGUUCUUGAGCGUGAAAAAAGUGUGUGUGUGUGUGUGUGUGUGUGUGUGUGUGUGUGUGUGUGUGUGUGUGUGUGUGAGUGAUCACUGUACAUUGCCACUCAUUUCAGCCGUUUGGCGUGUCCCAAACAACCCUAUGUAGACUACACAUCGCACCUCAGAAGUUAACAAUUAACACAUGACUCCAUUUACAUCCUCACACACAGACGUACACGCUCGACGUGGUGUAGCUGGUGUGCAAUUUUUUGUCUGUGUACAAUUACUGACUGUAGCUCAUCUAUUACGCCGCACAAAAUAUUGGCACCCCUCGUCCUGUCUUUCAGUGGAACGGCGCCGUCACUGAGCGGAUAUUACAGGGCUGGAAGAACAGAAAUAAAUGUGUACUGUUUUGUAAAUUUGACUUGCUUUCUAACAGCACCGUGACCUAUUGCUUUACCUCAAAAAAAAAUAAUAAUUUGCAUGGCUGUAGAGGACAACUACGGCAAGCGGGCAUAAAUCUGUGCUAACGCUAUGGUGGAUCAGGACCGGGAUCAGGGGCCGGGCCACCACAAUGUCGCAGGAGCGGUGGGUUAAUCUCUACGUUUGUACUGGGGUGCCAAUACUUCUUACAGCACAACUGAUGGACUCCAGUCAGUAAUUGUAGACCUACAGAAUGAUCAGUAGCUGAAUAUUGAGAUUUUUAUAUCGCCGUUGAUGUAAUAAUGUGAUAAAACUCUGCAAGUCGAUGAGAUGAUGACUCGGAGCGGCAGUCCGUUUGAUUUGAUCGUCUCUGGGCCGGACCGGUUCUGAAAACAAGUGAAUUAAUAAUUCAGACUCAUAACUGCAGCCAAGUUCUUAAUCAUAUCUGUUCAAUAAUUCAUUUCCGAUUCCUCGUCUGUUGAGUACUUGAGACUAAAACACGUUUUAGAGAGUCGUUGUAGCUCUAUAGCAGAGCAAAUGUACUAUAAUUUCACCAGUAAUGGGUUUGAUCAUGAUGAGUUUAUUCGAUGUGUGAGAAUCUGUAUCGCCUGUAAAGUCAGGACCAAUCAGUACUGGAGGAAAGAGUUCACUUUAGUAAAAACUGAGCUGUAGUUUUAUAGGAAGACUAAUGUAUGCAAAAAAAAAAAAAAAAACUGAACAAUGUGAUUUCUACUGAAACUUUUACAGCCAGAUUGGGUUCACAGCUGGAGUACGUCGUGCUGUAGUGUUACCUGAGAAGAUUGUAGAUAAUUUAGUGAAUUAACUGCUUACUAAUGAGGUUUAUCUUCUUAAUUCUGUUCAUGUUAAGUCUAAAGAUGCCUUAAAGGAAUAGUUUAUCAGGGAAAAAGUUGGAUUUUGUCUGAUGUUCGCUGUCAUUAAUGUGGAUAACUAGUAGAGGAGGUACGUCUCGGACAAGCGCCUAAAGCUCUCGUCUGGGAAUAAAUGAUUCUUAAAGGAAGUCCUGAAAAGAAUUUGACCGUGGAAACACUAACAUCACUUCGUAGCUACGUUAGCUUGAUAUCCCGAACACUUGUCCACCAUCUUGAUCCUUGUGGUUGGGAGAACUUCAAUGCUCACCUAACUGUGGCCUUUGGAGGGCGCUGUGGUAGAGUGAGAGAGGUCUACAGAGGGAGAAGCUCUAGCCUGGUGGAGGUUAUACUGUGUAUCUCUCUGUUUUGCCCAAAACCAAUAAAGAUUUUUGGGAAACUAAGACUAA